AUCUGUACACGGUAGGCAGCAAGCAAUUAAGCAGUUAAUUAAUAUAUACUACGAGGUGUUCAUCAUCGUUUAGCCAAGCUCUCAACAUAUAUAUCUAUACAACAACUCGAUGUACCAUUCAUAUUAGAAACUAGAGCUUGAGAGAAGCUAGGCUGAGAUUAGAGGUGAAGAGAGUCGGGGAGGAUGAGAGGGUUUGAGAGGAACGGAGUCCGGCAGUACAACCGGUCGGAGGUGCCGCGGAUGCGGUGGACGGAGGAGCUGCACCGGCAGUUCGUCGAGGCCAUCGAGUGCCUCGGUGGCCAGGACGAAGCAACUCCGAAGCGAAUUCUUCAGUUGAUGGGCGUGAAUGGAGUUAGCAUAUCUCAUAUAAAGAGCCAUCUUCAGAUGUACAGAAGCUCUAGCAACAGCAGUACCCUUCAGACCAGCCUCCAGAAAUUGACAACAACCACUCCAAGCAACAGCAAGCGCGUGUUUGUGAACCGUGAAGAUCAUUGCGCUUAUGCGUCACAGGAUGGAAACACGACAGCUUCAGACAAGAACAUUUACACUGUGCUCCGUACUUGCAGCCACUCAUCACCAUACCGAAUACCAUCGCUAGAGGAAGUAUUCAGAAGCUGGGAACAAAGUAGAGCGCGUGUUCCUUGGAACUCCAAAGUCCUGACAACAGAAAAGGCGAUUAGACCAGGUCACACUUCCAACAAGAAACCCGAGAAGCAAUCGGGCUGCGACCUGACGCUGUCGAUCGGUCUGUGGGAGGACGCGAGCAGCGACGCCGACAGCUCGAGCACGACCAGCGAGGAGCUCGCCGCACCGCCAAGGGACGAGGCGUUCGGCUCGUCUCCGGCAGCAGGCGCUCACUGUGCCGCCACCGUGAAGGAGGAGAGUAAGCCGGCUCUGAACCUGGACCUUACCAUCUCGUCGUCUUGGCUCGCCUGACGCCGGCGCUGUGCAUGGCGGUACACGUACAUACACUCGCGUACAGUUAUAUGGAUACAUGCAGAGCAGACUGUGUGAUCAGAGGCUCCAGGCGAUUGUAUAUUAUGGCGUGGUAGCCUGGCUAGGUUCUCCGGAUUUUCGUGUCCUCCCCUUUGCCAUUCCACUCUAGUUUUUCAGCUUUGUAAAAUUUUCUGGUCCGUAGCAGAUUAGAGAUCGAGGCUUCAGACGAGGACAGGUGAGGAAUUUUGUCUCUUUUUUUUCUUUCCUCUAGAGAAGGCACUGUCUACCUGAAUUUCUCACCUGUCAUCUUCUGUACUCUUCUAUUUCUGAUCGAUUUGUCUAGACUCUUAGAGAGGAGUAUGGAUGUUAUUAGUGGUAGCUAUUUCAGUAAAUGGCAGAUGAUAAAUAUACCGCGAUUGCUCGCUA